GUGGUGAGUUUUAACGUCCCACUAUCGAAAGGGAGCAACGCGUUCACUGUGAUGACGCAGGCAGCAGCAGUUUUUAUCUAAUGGCUCUCACAACGAAAGCUCAGGCCAGUAGAGGAAGAAAAUCCUCCGGAAACGGCCUCAGAGGCUUGGAAUAAUCUAACCCUCGAUGUACCUGAGACAUUUUACAAGACUAUUUUCAGCUAUGGCUGGACCCAGGCCUGUGGUGUUUAGUGGUCCGUCCGGGGCAGGAAAAAGCACCCUGCUGAAGAAACUUAUCAAGGAACAUGAAAAUGUGUUUGGCUUCAGUGUCUCUCAUACAACAAGAAACCCUCGUCCAGGAGAAGAGAACGGCAGAGACUACCAUUAUGUUACACGGGAGGCUAUGCAGGCGGCCAUAAACAAUGGCGAUUUCAUCGAGAAUGCAGAGUUUUCUGGAAACCUGUACGGCACAAGCAAAGCCGCCGUCCAAGCUGUCCAGGCCAAGAAUCUCAUCUGUAUCCUUGACAUUGACAUGCAAGGAGUGAAGAACAUCAAGAAGACAGACCUCAAUCCCAUGUACAUCUCCAUCCAGCCGCCAUCCAUGGAAAUCCUGGAGAAGCGAUUAAGGGACAGGAAUACAGAGUCAGAGGAGAGCCUUCAGAAGCGUUUACAUGCAGCCAAGGUGGACAUGGAGUUAAGUAAAGAACCUGGCAUGUUUGACGUGGUUAUCGUCAAUGACAAUUUGGAUGACGCUUAUAAGAAUUUAAAACAAGCUCUUCUUGAGGAAAUUAACAAAGUCAAGAAAGCCAAGACUUCGUCGUAGAAGACGGCACAGCCUGGCACCUCAUCCAUCCACUCCCCCAUAAGUCUAGACCUCCAUUUGACUUGUACAUUCCCUCAGAUGGUGGUCUGUGAAACUCAGCUUACUAUAAGGAAUCAACAAACAUGUAUUUAGAUUAAGUUAAUUUUAGUUAAAAAAAAAAAGGGUUUUAUUUUUAAUUAGCAUUUUUAGAUUUCUUACCUUUAUUCUUUGUUUGAAAAAAGCUACUCCAAUGAAUUUUACUUGAAGUCUGACUUGCACAAAACAGGAAGAUUCCUGUUGUUACGGAAUUCUCUUCAGUCGGGACUGCAUGGUGUUCGUGGUGCAUGGAACAGGGAGCAGCGUGACCCAUUCCAUCAGGUGGACAAACCAAUUUUAGGAUGUAAAGCCAGUUGAUAUGAGAUGCUGGUUGUUGACACCAAACUGUGCUCACCUGGUGAUGUCAUUUAAUGUCAAUAAAGUAGGAAAAUCCAGAGUUGUGAUAUGUGGUGGUUAGGCAGGGUUUAAAAUUCAUCUGUGGCUGUUUACUUUCAGGAGGUAUAUGUAAGUCAGGUAUUCUUUUGAAACAUUACUUUUAUUCCAGAGUUGGUAAAGCAUUUUAAAGCUGUUUUGUUGUUGUAUAUGUUAACAGUUUUUAUAAGUUUCAUUUGGAUUGUGUUGUGCUCAAGUAAGUUAAAUCCAGUCUUGCUUAGAGAAACAAAUCCUUUGUCAUUGUCACUUUAUGUUUUAAGCGGGGUAUACAAUGUUGACUAUUUUACAAGUGUAAUUUUAUAAACUUUUAUAUUGUGUAACUUGCUCACAUUGUAGCUUUAUGUGUAUAGUGAAAUUACAUUCAUUGGACUAUAAAGCAUAAAUAAAUGGACAUAUUUAAGGUUUAUAUAUUCCACAAAACAAAAAAGCACAGGAAAUCAAAUUAAAGGGGCAGUAUUAUGUAAACCAGAUAUUUUGUUGAGUGUUGCAUUAAUAAUUUUAUGUAUGUUUGAGAAAUUUUCUAAUCUUUUCUGGCAGCCAUUCGAGUUUGCAAAACGCUUGAUGGGACUGAGCGCUGCCUUUUCCACAAAGCUCUUUGGAGUUAUAGUAUCUAAGCAGAGUUUGUUCCUCACAGAGCAACCCUUGCCCACGCAUCCCCCAUUAAUCUCCUUCAGACUAGCAGCAGCAGCAAUUAGCAAACAGCUGGUGGAACUGCACAUCUGCUGAACUCAUGUAAACUACUUUUCAGGGCAAUGCUCCUAAGAAUGAAGUUAAAGGCUUAAUAGAGAAACAUUGAGGUGACAUGCUGAAGGUAGUAGUUACUUGAUUGUGCUAUUUUUAUCACAAUGUGUCUGAAAAAUACAUACUGCUGCCCCUUUAAAGGACAUCUAUGAUGUACUUGUAAACUAGCAUCAAUAAUUUUUUCCAGCAACUCUUACAAAGUAAAACUAUUAAUGGAAUUUUGUCAAAUCAAUUCAUCUGACCAAAAGUUAUGUAUUCCUGAUAUUGUUCACUAUUUGAGCUAAUUCUUAAUUCCGGCAAUACGUCCUUUGGAAUACUAAAUAUGUUAUAUGUUAAAACUUCAAUAAAAUGUUACAGAUACAAGAUGCAUUAUUUGUUUAAUCACACAAGUCUAUCUCAGUACCAUAUGCUCAAAGACCUAGUUUAAUUGUAUUUAAAAACUGAAAUUAAUAUGCAUUUCUUAGAGGAUUUUAAACAUUUAUCAAUUACUUUUGAUUAUUAAAGCUUACAGCUGAUGAAAACCCAGAACUUAAUUUAUCAGAAACUUUAAUUAGACAAAUGGAAAAAACACUAACCCUUUUACCCUCUUUCUUUAGUCUUAACAAGAGCUGGACAGCUGUUCAGUCAGAAGAGUUCCCAGUUAUUGUUCAGGUCAUAAAAGAGCUUUAACAAAAUAUUUCUGUAAGAUUUUUAGUUUUCUGAGAAACGGUGUUCUUUAUAUUCAUCAUUAACAGGAAUACAUGCUUUAAACAAUAUUUUAUUUCACUUUUUCAUUCAAUUUAUUUUUCAAUGAUAAUUUAAAAAUAAAUGAAGAUACACCUGUGUAUGGUAAUGAUAGAAGAAGCAGGUAAUCUUUUAAGUAUUUUCUGUACAUUUAUUUACUUUGUGCUCAACCUCAUUAUUGUCCACAACUCCACAUGAACAUUGCAAGCAAUUACAAUCUGUUAGACCUAAAAUAUCAUAACAUACAUAGUCCAUACCCAAUCGAUGACACCUUAAUAUAGAAACAAGCACAGCAACGUCUUCCAAGAAAGUGAUGUCCUGGAAUUUCAGGUCUAUCAACAUUUUCACAUAGUGUAAAUACAAGACGGUUCUGCUUAACACGUUUGGUUUACAAAGCAAAUACAUGCAGUCACUCAUAAAUAUGUCACGGACACACAAAAGGAUGCCCUUGUUGAACCUUGAAUUUGCAGGCAACUGCCAAACAUCAAAAGGCCCAAAUUUGUCAAAGAAGCUUUGUAAAAAAAAAAAAAAAAAAAAAGAAAAGUAAA